AUGGCUUCCUUGAAUCGUUCUUCUGCCUCCUCAUCUGCCCCAAAGUCUCAACCCUCUGGAGACAACUUAGGUAUGCAGAUCACUAAUCACCGGAUGAACGGUAAGAAUUUUUUGCAAUGGUUUCAAUCGGUUAAGCUGGUCAUCCGGGCAAAGGGUAAGAUGGGCUAUCUCCAGGGAAAAAUUAAGAAACCUACUGAGGAUUCUCCUGAUUAUGACGAUUGGGAGAUUAAUAAUUCCUUGGUCAUGGCUUGGCUGACUAAUUCCAUGGAACCACAGAUUGGCCAAACCUAUCUGUUCUUCGAUACUGCCAAGGAAAUUUGGGAAGCUGUUCAAAAAAAUUACUCAGAUCUGGAGAAUACCUCUCAAGUCUUUGAACUGAGAAAUAAGUUGAGAGACUUUCGUCAAAGGGGUAUGACUAUUACUGAAUAUUUUACUGCACUAACAAAUUUAUGGCAGGAAUUGGAUCUUUAUUAUGCAUCUGAUCUUAAGGGAUUGGAAGCUAAUACCCAAUUUAAAAAACACUUGGAGAAGGAAAGACUAUAUGAUUUCCUUGCCGAACUCAACCGAGAUCUUGAUGAGGUUCGUGGUCGAAUAUUGGGGCAGCGACCGUUACCUUCACUUGCUGACGCCUUUGCUGAAGUUCGUAGAGAAGCCAGUAGACGGAGAGUUAUGCUGGGAGAAAAGGAGUCGCUUGAUAAGUCUGAUGAUAUGUCUGCAUUAGCUGCCAACCGUACCAUUGACCGUUCCUCUGGAGAAUCAAAACGGGAUGGUCGUCCAUGGUGCACCCACUGCAAUAAAAUUGGUAUACCCGUGAGAAAUGUUGGGAAAUCCACGGGAAACCUGCAAAUUGGAAGCCCAAAGGACAAAAUAAAGGUCGUGCAUAUCAGGUCUCUACUGAUGACAAGGUUGAUGAGCCCCAUGCAUCCUCUGACUCUUAUGGUGACUUUCUUAGCAAGACUCAGUUUGAACAACUUCAGAGACUUUUGA